GUCAUUCUCAUUAUUGACAAAUGUCAAAAAAAGUUUUGUUUGGUUAUUCGUGGUCUCACUUAUUUGGAAAAUUCUCGAAAAUCACCGAAACUAAAUAAAAACUAUUUACUGUAAAAAGUAGUUGUGUUGAGUGUUUCGUGUUUCGUUACAAAAAAUUCGCAUAAUUAAUAAAAAGUGUGAAGUAGGUAAACAUAACCAAAAAUGCCCAAAUAUUAUUGUGACUACUGUGAUACAUAUUUGACCCAUGACUCGCCCAGUGUCCGAAAAACGCACUGCACGGGUCGAAAACACAAAGACAAUGUGAAAUUUUAUUAUCAGAAAUGGAUGGAAGAGCAAGCUCAACAUUUAAUCGACGCUACGACAGCCGCCUUCAAGGCUGGCAAAAUAGCCAAUAACCCAUUUGCCCAGGCUGGAAAAGGCGUCGCUAUACCUCCCCCUGCGCAACUAACAGCAAUGGGUCAAAGGCCUGGGGCACCUGGAGCUCCUAUGAUGCCACCAACGAUGGGCCCUGGAGGGCCUAUGCCUCCCAUGAUGAUGGGACCACAUGGUCCCAUGCCGCCAAUGAUGGGCAUGCGACCGCCCAUGAUGGGGAUGAUGCCCAUGGGACCUAUGGGGCCCAUGGGCGUGCGGCCGCCAGUGGUGAAUCCACAAAUGAAGAGCUAAGUAGUUUUUAUGUAUGUUGUAAUUUAGGUCAUUUGAAUAAUAAUAAAAACUAUUUAUAUAAUUA